AUGAAUUUAUUCAAAUUGAUAGAAGAUCAAAAAAUUACAAUAAUAAAACAACUUGAACCAAUUACUAAAGAAAUUCGUUCUCUUCGAGAAGAAAAUGUUAUUGAAACUGAUAUUGAUCGACUUGGAAAAAAAAUCAAUGAGAUGCGACAAAAAUUGAAAGAAUUUACUCAAAAGGAUGCAAAUGAAAGCAUCAUUGUUAGCGAUGAGCAAAUUGAUUGGAGUCGACUCAUUUAUAUCAGACAAGAACGACAACAAAAAUAUCGUAUUUCAACAAGAACAGGUUAUUGUUUAUCAUAUAUGGAUGAUGAUGUUCAACGUGAUUUAACAUCUAAAUUAUUCCAAUGGAGUUGUCGACGAUGUACAUAUCUUAACGACGAGUUGUCUCGCAUAUGUGAAAUUUGUUCAUUGGAUAAAGGUACUUAG